GGAAUAUUAUUAUCACAAUCACCUAGGUGGAAAAAGAGGACAUCAAUCAAGGAAUUGCACAGAAUGCAGAUAUCCAUCCAGACAACAAACUUAUGAUACGGCAGGUUUGCAGGAAGACUUAAUUUACGGGAUUGUAUCAACUGCUGUGGAUUGGGCUAUAUUGACCCAUGACAACUUGGUAGAACCUAUCAAGGACUUGUUCGGGCAAAUUAAGUUGGUGUUUAAUCGCCAGAUAGAAUUGCAGGAAUCAUUGAAGCGG